AUGGCUACAGCAUCAGCUCUUUCUUCUCUCUCUUCUCUCUCCCUCCACAACCGAACCUCUCUUAUCAUCUCCUCCAAACCCAUUGUCUCCUUCUCCUUCCUCAAACGCUCGUCACCUCUCACUCUCCUCAAGGCCUCCUCCUCAGACCAAAUCGAGACAUUCUUCUUCGAGGACGAGAACCCAGAGAUAACCGCCAAUGCCGUCUUCGACCCACCGUCUCCUCCAGAGGGAUUCGUCGCUCCGCCGUAUUUCGACGAAGGAGCAGACGAGACAGAGGCCGAGAUCGCGACGGCGUUCGAGGAGCUCUACGGUCCGGCGUACAGCGGAGAGAGUUUGCUCGGGAAAGACGUAAACGUGAUGGACUCGAAGAUUAAGAAGGGAGGAGGAGGUAUCGGCGGUUCUAAGCCGAAGAAGGAUAAGAUUCGCGAUGGGUUUGAAGAGAGAGUUGUGCAAGUCAGGAGAGUGACUAAAGUUGUGAAAGGAGGCAAGCAAUUGAAAUUCAGAGCCAUUGUUGUUGUUGGAGACAAGCAAGGAAACGUCGGUGUUGGUUGUGCCAAGGCUAAGGAAGUCGUCUCUGCUGUUCAGAAAUCCGCCAUUGAUGCUAGGCGAAACAUUGUUCAAGUCCCCAUGACUAAGUAUCUUACUUUCCCACACAGGGCAGAGGGUGAUUACGGAGCAGCCAAGGUGAUGCUUAGACCGGCUUCACCAGGAACCGGUGUGAUCGCUGGAGGAGCGGUUAGGAUCGUGCUGGAGAUGGCAGGAGUAGAGAACGCAUUGGGGAAGCAGCUGGGAAGCAACAAUGCUCUCAACAACGCAAGAGCCACUCUUGCAGCAGUGCUGCAGAUGAGACAGUUCCGUGAUGUUGCUCUUGAUCGUGGGAUCCCCAUGGAAGAGCUCUGGAAGUAA